AUGCUUCACCAAGUGAUUAAGCCAGUCCAGUCAAACAAUCCUUUCUUUAUUAGGAAGGAAAAUGGUGAAGUUGAAACAAGGUUUUUGAUGGCCCCACCAGAAAAGAAAGAUGUGACAGUCUUUCCAACUCAAAUUGAUAUGCUUCAUCCUGUGUCAUAUGUUUAUGAGGAUGGCACUAAGAUCAAUGCAUUUCAUGAAGAUGGAAAGCCUUGCUAUGAAGGCAAAUCACCCUCUGGCCAUAUAUGGUGGGAUAUUUGUGAUUGUGCUGAAUGCAAAAAAGAAGAAACUCUUGAGAAAGAUUAUUCAAGAAGACGGAAGAAAAAAUCCACUCAACAAAUCCUCAAAGAAAGAUAUGAAGCAGGUGAUCCAGAAGUUGACCUCCUUGGAGAACCCUCUGGAAAAUUUGACUAUUAUGUUCUUUAUCCUAGAACUAGAAAGCAAAAAUUCUCUCCUUUUCCAUCUUGCAAAGAUCCCAAGUCCAAAGAAGACCAUGACCAAAACCUUAAACCUCCAUUAAUCCCAUACUACUAG